UCUUAUGAACUGAAAGGCCCUGUUACACCUGAAAAAAAACCUUUCAGUAGCACACGUUUGGAAAUAAAAAGUAAGUUAGACCAUGUCCCAGCCAUCCCCGUCACCUGGUGAUAUGCAGUCCCUCCGCUGUCUGCACUGCAUGAAGGUGAUCCGUUGUUCCCGCUACGAUACCAGUGGACUGGUUCGCCACAUCGAGCAGGAUCACCCGGAGAUCUACGCGGCGACCAACGAUAAAAUCAGGAAUUUGCACAAGCUGGCCGCGGACCACGGCAUCAGCGAGGAGCGUCUCUCGAGGAUUAGCAAGAUGACGGGUCUCUCGGAGUCUCAGAUGGCCGACAAGGCGGAUAAAUACAUAGCCAAGAAGAUGAGCUCUGGUCGGAGUGGUGGCUCCGGCACUGGAGAGCCAGCGGAAAAGGAUGCCUCCACUACGGCGUGCAGUGUAGCAUCCUCGAAGGAGGAGAAGUCCUCGUGUCCGUGCCCAUGUCCACGGCCAGUGGACAAGACGACGGCUCAUCGGAGGCACUGCUAUCGGGCCUCCAUCGAACGCUGGGCUCCGGCGGAGGGUUGCAUCUUCUGCCCGUGCUGCGCCUGCAACAAGCGUCCAUUGAUCAAGGCUGCAACGGAGAUCGUGGAGGCCGGAUGCUGUGCAUCCUGCGUGGUCACCUGCUGGCCCCUGUGCUUCCUGCCCUGUCUGCUGCCCUCGGACAAUCGGGAGUACCUUUACUGUCCCCACUGCCGCACCUUCCUUGGCAUCUACGAUCGCGACAAUAACUGCGUGAAGCCCAGCAAGGAGUUUGUAUCCUGCGCCACGUCGGCCACGCCCCCUCCAAAAUCACCCCUCAUACCGCCCCCACAAUAAUCUUCUAAGGACUUUUAGGGGAAUUUGUAUUUUUUUAAUGUUCAAAUUGUUCGUGUAAAGCUUUGACCGGGUUAAUAAGCCAGUUGGCCACUAUGUUGCUAUCUUAAAUAGCAAAGAAGGGGUACUAUUAUAUAUAUGUACAUAUUUUUAUUUUUGAUUUAUCCUUUAAAGAAAUCUUUGUGUAACUAAAGUAAAAUAUUUUGGUCAAUAUAAGAAAAUAAAUUUAAAACCCCA